AUGGAUAAACGCAAUGAGCCGAGUCAUGCUGCUCAUGGCGCCCAACAAAACCCUGGCACUCGCGACCGAUCAUCAGACCGAGAUGAGGAGAGUCCGGGAGUCGAGUCGUCGAAUAAGUAUCGAAGAAUCGAUCGGGAGGGGUCCAGAGCUUCGACGACUGCCGAGCAAAGCAAUCGUUUCUUGUUUGUCGACUCGUCCUCCAGUGGGCAAAGACCGCGUUCUGACCAGCGAGCAAUAAAUGCACACAUUCAGCAGACUGCGCACCGAAAUCGAAAGCAGGCUGCACAAAAGCAGAAAACGGGCGGAGCUGCGAACAUAGGACGAUAUCGGCGCGAGCCACAGUUACAACCGCGUCCUAUCGAGCCUCAACCGAUUGCUCCCAGCACCCUUGAGCGACGGGAGACCCUCCAACCGCGGCAAUCUACCAGCCCUGAAAGCUCCUCUGCACCGCGAUCAUCACUCAGUCCACCAGAGGAGAAUGUUAUUCGCGAACCACCAACCCCUAGGCGCUUGGAAACCCUUCCAGCACUCGAUCGCGAGCAAGUGGACCGAUUGCGACACUACAGCAACGUUCGUGGAGCGGAAGUUCGUGAGGCCAUCGAUGCUCAGCAACAUGAACAGACUGUAUCGACAGAAAUCGCGCGGCGGCAUCCUCUCCAAGACGAGACCACCUCGGUGAGGUCCAUGCUCACACAAAUUUUGCAACGACUGGAUGCCGGGCACGCAGGCCGCUUGAUUCAGCCAUCUCCUAAUUCGUCACUGAAUAACACUCUCCUUGACCCUUUUAAUAUCAGCUCUGUACAUAUUACUCCAAGCAUGAAUGCUGCUUUACGCCAUUUUUCCGAUGUUAUGAUACCCGGUGUAUUUCCUACCCGACACCAAGCCGAGAUCCAGACUCGAUGGGCCUUUCAAAAUGCUGCGCAAGAUCCACUGGUUUUGUAUUCGCUUCUGGCAAUCGCGUCAGCUGAGAGAAGUUCGCGUUUGGGAGAAUUGCGGAGCGGUUCGAUCGAGACAACGUUUACAGAAGCAGACCUUGAAAACCGCACGGUCCCUGAUUUUGUCUCCUACAAAGUGAACGCCGUGAGGCUCGCAAACGAAUCGAUGAAAUCCAUGGACAAGGCGACUCAGGCUUCGACGAUUUUUGCUAUGAUGUGUUUGCUUUCUAUUGAGGUUAUCACAGGAAAUCAGAAGGAAAUAUUUGCGCAUGUUACUGGACUGCAAAAACUGAUCGCCUGGCGGGGUGGGUAUCAUGGGAUACCUCCUCAUGCUACAGAGCUCAUCCUCUCAGCGUCCUACAUGUGCGCCGCGCUGACACGAUCUUUGCCUGCGGCUCCCCCCACGUCCGCACUGCCUUCCCUACCUGCGAGCCUGGUCGAAGAAAUCAGGCAAAACGUGAGUGAGGACGUGAAAAAAAUGGGCACGGGGUUAUUGACCGCGGACGUGGAUACCAUCCUGGACUGGAGAAUAUCACAAGCUUUUCGAGACAUGAAGGACGUGGUCCAAUACCGCGAAUACUACCACGAGAAGCAGCUGAAUCCUGCGCCGGACGAAAAUGAAUAUAUCAACGCCAAAAGCUACCAUUUUCGGUACGCAGCCCUGUCUGCGCCGUUUGAGCUACGGGAACCCGCCAGUGAUAAGGAGGAGGCUUGUCGUCUGGCAAUGCUCAUUUUCUGGUUCAGCAACUUCCAGGUCUCUCGACCCGACUCGGCACUCAACCGGACAUUGACCGCACAACUCAAGACCGCCUUGCAAGCUUCGGACUUGAAGGGUCUCUGGGGCCCGCACUAUGAGCUCCUGGUCUGGGUUCUCCUGCUGGGUGCGUAUAUAUCGGCGGGGCAGCGCGAGAGGCCGUGGUUUGUCCUGAAUCUCGCGAGGGUCUCCCGAGUGCUCAAACUGCAAACCUGGGACCAGGUCCGCCAGGUUCUGUUGAAAUUCUUCUAUCUUGACCGCAUCUAUGCUGAGGGCAUGCGACAGAGCUGGGAGGAAGCGUCGCUUUUGGCGGAGACGAUGGAGGCCGGGCUCUCGUGA